CGGCUAGCCAAAUGCCCCUACCAGCGCAUAGCUAAAUGCCCCUACCCGCGCAUAGCUAAAUGCCCCUGCCCGAAUAGCUAAACGUCCCUACCCAAAUAGCUAAGAGCCCCUGCCCGAAUAACUAAAUGCCCCUGCUCGCGGAGACAAGCUCCUCUAAAAUCACUUGAAACCCCGGAAACGGUUCUCUUAUUCCAAGCUUACAGGCUUAUUUUGGCCCGAUCCGGGGCCUUAGUUACUCGCUUAGCUGACUCAGGCGGAGGGGAAAUACCGAGUCACACCGAUCAAAAGAGCGGCAUGACACAAUGACACUGAUGAUUUCCACUUUUCCACAUCUCCCAUUGCCAUAGUCCAUUUCACUUGGUUGCCUGCCUUUGUAGUCUGCACUGGUGGCGGCGCUCAACAUUGCGCUUCUCCCUAGAUGCUCCUUUUGCCAAUUAAAUAGCCCCCCGCCAUCUUUCCUCGCAUCUAGCCAGCAACAUGAGUCCCUCCGAUAUAUCCGCCGAGCUCGAGUCGUUCCGGGAGCAAUGGCGGGCAGAAGUCCGCGCAAAAGUCCCGGGCUCGAGGAGCGACGUUCAGCGGCCGGCCGCUUCUACGUCCGCCUCACAGAGAACUUUGCGAACUACUGAGCCCUCGCGAAAGCAUGAAAAGGAAAAAAAGCCCUUGCAGCAGGAGGAGGAGGAUGAUGAUUAUGUCCCCCAAUCUCGCCCGUUUGACGAGCCAGAGGUAGAACCGACCGCCGAGUCCAGCUCGAGCACAGGGGGGGAGAUGGACGAGCUGAAAGGAAAGGAGCCGGUCUCGGCAUUGGACCAUUACGAGAAGGCGGUUGAGAAGGAGGUUGUGGGUAACCUUGGCGACAGCCUGCGCUUAUAUCGCCAGGCAUUCAGGAUGGAUCAUCGGGUAGACCUGAAGUACAAGAACAAGCACUUUCCCGCUCCCCCUCCCGGCUCCAAACCCGUUCAGGAAAACCCGUCCAAUGCCCCGGUGACUGUCCCAAGCACAGCCCACCACUCCCCAGAUGGCCGCCAGCCGUCGAUGGAGGAACUCAUUGCGAGCUUCGCCGGGUUUGCCAUCGAGGCCAGACCUGCCGAGAUCGAAGGUACGCCGCAGCCGCCCUGCCCGAUCGCCGGGCUCCCGGAUGAGAUUCUCAUCCACAUCCUGCGCGACGUCGCGAUCCUCGACGUCGGCGAUUUUGUCCGCCUCGCGCAGGUAUGCAGGCGUCUGGCCUACUUGGUCGCCACGGAGGACCGGAUCUGGCAGCGGGUCUGCCUUGGGACCGAGGUCGGCUUCGGGGCCAUGCACUACCACUGGCAGCGCGGCGUGUCGUGGGAACCGCUGGACCCCGACGAUGACGGCCCGGUCGCAUUGUCGUCACUAUCGUCGGGGGACCUGGUCCUACCCCUUUCCGCGGCGGAGCUGGCCGCGCGGCAGCGGGAGGAGAACGAGGCCAACACGCUCGGGUUCCUGGACGCGCUGUACUCGUCGUCAUGGCAGCGCAUGCUCCGGCUGCGGCCGCGGGUGCGGUUCAACGGGUGCUACAUCAGCACUGUCAACUACAUCCGGUCCGGGCAGGCGUCGGCGAACCUGGUGACGUGGAACAGCCCCGUGCACAUCGUCACCUACUACCGGUACCUGCGCUUCUUCCGCGACGGCACGGCCGUCUCGCUGCUGACGACGGCCGAGCCCGCCGACGUCGUGCCCCACCUGACCCGCGACGCCCUGGCGCUGCACGCGGGGGGCGCCAUGGCCCACCUGCCGUCGGCGGUGAUGCAGAGCGGGCUGAGGGGGCGGUGGCGCCUGGCCUGCGCGGCGGACGCGCCGGAGGCGUCGGUUAGCGAGGUCGAGGGGGACGUGUUCGUCGAGACCGAGGGCGUCGGGAAGUACAUGUACCGGCUGGACCUGUCGCUGCGCAGCUCGGGCCGGGGCGGCGGCGGCCCGAGGAACAACAAGCUCGUCUGGAGGGGCUUCUACAGCUACGAUAGGCUGACCGACGACUGGGCCGAGUUUAGGCUUAGGAACGACAAGCCUUUCUUCUUCAGUAGGGUCAAGAGCUAUGGGGCGGGCGAGUGAGUUGGCGCGCGGAUUUGCUGAUGAUGUCCUCAUUCUCUUACUUACUUAUUACCUUGGUGCCCUCUGUCUCCCUUUUGGGCUUGCUGGCCGAAAUUCUUUGACAGGGUCACAGGGUGAGGUUGGCGUUCCUAAUCAAGCCCU